UUUGGGAUCUUGAAAUUUCAGAGCCAAACAACAAAUUCAACCAUUUCCCAUCUAUCCAUUAUGGCUCCCCUGGCUAAAAAUGUCUCCAUUCUCUUUCUUGUUCUCCUUCUUUCCUCUGUUCAUGCUGAGGCUAGAGUAAGCAAGCAUGUCCCUAUAAUGGAAGCACCAGUACAAGCACCAUCAAUUUCUCCAGCACCAGCACCAAUUGAGAGUACUGACUAUCCCUAUGGCCUUUAUGGCGGUGUUUCUACUGUUUCGCCUACAAAAAAGACCAUGACCGCAACCACGGCCACCACCCUUGGCAAUGAGGAAGAUGAAAUUCUGGUUGAGGAAAUCGACAGUGAAAGGCUUGCAAAAAACAAUGCCAGGAAUCAAUACUCCAAUGGUUACCCCAACAAUUACAACAACAAUGGCUACUCCAACAACUACAACAAUAAUGGAUACUCCAACAAUUACAACAACAAUGGCUAUUUGAAUUCAGUCUACAAUAACAACAAUGGAUAUAGCAAUAGCUACAGGAAUGAGAAACAAGGAAUGAGUGACACAGGGUUCUUGGAUAAUGGUAAGUACUAUUAUGGUGUUAACAAUGAGAAUCUGAAUCAAAAUGGGUAUGAAUCAGUGAAGGAAAAUAGCAAUGCUGAAGGUUACUACGGUAACGGUGAAAAGUCCAAGUAUGAGUUUGAUUCCAUGGAAGAAUAUGAGAAGCAACAGGGAUAUAAUCCAGGCACAGAAAAGUACUAUAAUCCUUGAACUUGGAAAUCAGCCAAAAAGGAAUGCAAAGGAGAAGAUACGCAUUUAACAUAUUUUACAACAGAAUUCAAGCUAAAUUAUAAUGGGAUGUAAUUUUUUUUUUCCUUCUUGAUUUGCUUUUUCCAUUUGUGUUUGCACAACUGUUUUGCUCUGCAAAGUAAACCAGUGGAACUUUUUUACAAGUCCUUGUGAAUUGAAUUGGAGUGGACGGUGGACAUCAGCUCCAUCUUGCAAUUGUUCCUUUGUGGCUGGUUCAAUUAGAUUAUUUAAAGCUAUGGCGGUAUAUUCAC